AUGCGCGCCCUGGGCGCCUGCACCGCCUCGCUCGGCUCCCUGGGGCUCAUGCGCUUCUUCGGCCUGCCCUGGGCCUGGAGCCUCGCGGCCGCGCUCGGCAUCGGCCUCGGCGGCGGCGGCUGGCGGCUCCUGCGCGUCGUCUUCAAGACCGCCCUGCGGGACCUGUUCGGCCUCUCGGUGCUGCUCCGAGUCAAGUACAAGCUGCGGAGGCAUCAGAGAGCCCAAAGCACCGUUCCCAAGAUGUUCCAGGACGUCGUCCGCAGGCACCCGGACAAGGCGGCGCUCAUUUACGAGGCCACGGGGGAGAAAUGGACGUUCCGGGCGCUGGACGAGUACUCCAACGCCGUGGCCAACUACUUCUGCGAGCAAGGCUUUCGCCGCGGCGACGUCGUGGCCGUCUUCAUGGAGAGCCGGCCCGAGUUCGUGGGGCUCUGGCUGGGCAUGGCCAAGGUCGGCAUCGAGGCUGCGCUCAUUAACUUCAACCUGCGCCUGGAUUCCCUGGUUUACUGCGUGGCCACCUCGGGCGCCAAGGCUGUGAUCUUCGGAGGAGAGCUGGCCCCAGCGAUAGCUGAAGUGAACGGGAUGCUGGGGAAGAACAUGGUGAAGUUCUGCUCCGGUGACUACAACGCAGACGUUGUCCCUGCGGACACCAGGCAUCUCGAUCCCCUUCUGAGUGCUGCCUCCAAACUGCCCCCGAGCCAGGUUCCGCUCAAAGGCUUAGACGACCGACUCUUCUAUAUCUACACGUCGGGUACCACGGGAAUGCCCAAGGCUGCCAUUGUGGUGCACAGCAGGUAUUACCGGAUCGCCGCCUUUGGCUACUACGCCUACAAAAUGCAGCCCGAUGAUGUUCUCUACAACUGCCUGCCCCUCUAUCACUCGGCAGGGAACAUCAUGGGAGUUGGCCAGUGCCUCAUCCACGGCCUCACUGUGGUGAUCAGGAAGAAGUUCUCGGCCAGUCGCUUCUGGGAUGACUGCGCGAAGUACAAAUGCACGGUUAUCCAGUAUAUCGGGGAAAUCUGCAGGUACCUCCUGAACCAGCCGGUGCGGGAGUCGGAGACGCAGCACUGCGUGCGCCUGGCCGUGGGCAACGGCUUGAGACCCACCAUCUGGGAGGAGUUCACCAGGCGCUUCCGAAUCAAGCAGAUCGGCGAGUUCUACGGGGCCACCGAGUGCAACUGCAGCAUCGCCAACCUGGACGGAAAGGUUGGGGCCUGUGGUUUCAACAGUCGGAUUUUGCCCAAUGUCUAUCCCAUUCGUCUGGUGAAGGUCAACGAGGAUACAAUGGAGCCAGUCCGUGAUUCCAGGGGGCUGUGCAUCUCCUGUGGCCCAGGAGAGCCGGGGCUGCUCGUGGGCCAGAUAAACCAGCAGGACCCGCUGCGUCGWUUCGACGGCUACGUCAGCGAGAGCGCCACCAGCAAGAAGAUCGCCUACAAUGUGUUCCAGAAAGGGGACCAGGCCUAUCUCUCAGGAGAUGUGCUGGUGAUGGACGAGCUGGGCUACAUGUACUUCAAAGACCGCAGCGGGGACACCUUCCGAUGGCGCGGGGAGAACGUCUCCACCACCGAAGUGGAAGGGAUCCUGAGCCACGUCCUCAACCAGACCGACGUCGCCGUGUACGGCGUGCAAGUGCCAGGAGUGGAAGGAAAAGCUGGAAUGGCCGCGAUCGCAGACCCUAAAGCUAAAGUGAAUCCCAACGUCUUGUACCAGGAACUGCAGAAGGUUUUGCCUCCCUAUGCCCGGCCCAUCUUCCUCCGUUUCCUGCCCCAGGUUGACACCACAGGCACAUUUAAGAUCCAGAAAACCCGCUUGCAGAGGGAAGGCUUCGACCCCCAUCAGACCUCCGAUCGGCUGCACUUUCUGGAUCUCAAGCUGGGGAAAUACGUCCCGCUGGACGAGUACCUUUACGAGAGGAUUUGCGCCGGAAAAGUUGCCUUAUGACGYGGCCCGGAGCCGGCCUUUUUACGGAGAACUGUGGUUAGGGGAAGGGCUGAUGCCGGUGGGAAGCGGCGGAUUCCCGCCUCAUCCCAAGGGUGGGAUCCUUGGGGGGGAUCCCUGUCCGGGAGCAGCCCCGGGGGGAUCCUCCCCACCUAGAGCACAUUAACCCGUGACCUGCUCCUCCGGGAGCACUGACACCAUUAACCUUAACCACCUAGAGAGGGUAUUUUUGUAACCACUACACCCCCGGGCGUUGGGGCAGCCGGGGAGCAGUUCCUGUAUUU